AUGUUAAUAAGCGGCAAGCUACAAUACUUAUGGAGGCUCACUUACUGCAAAGUGAAGAACAAACAUACCUUUAAUAUAUAUCCAAACCCUAAACAACAAUACUUCAAUGCUAAAAUGAUCAUGGGAUAUCAAGGCUAAUCCUUCGUGACAGAUAAAUGGUUUCUUAAUAGACUCAAAUAAUUGAGGAGUUGCAUCUUGUUGGCUCUCGCUCUUAUCAUGUGA